GGGACUGCUGAGCGAGAUGCAAUCAGUGCACUGGUUGAUUGUGCCGUGCCCGAGAAACUGGAGGCUUUCCAACAAGUUCUCCUGCAGUUCGCCAAUCACCACCUAAGCUACUUCGUUCCACUGCACAAAUACCACCUGGCUCCCGUCAGCAAUGAACAGAAGCUGGCUAACCUGCAACUGGCUCUGCAGCUCUUCCAGGACGCCGAGGGGAUUGGCCCGGGUCCGGGUGCCCGGGCGGACGACCUGUUGCGGCACGACCUCAAGGCCACCCUGCGUCUGCUCUUUGCCCUCUAUAACCGCUACAGAGAUGCUAAGUGA